CGAUAUCACCUGUGAGACUUCUAUAGCACCCUUGCUCGUUGGAGAAGGGCACAGCGAGGCCGAGGAGCGCCAGUGUCUGCAGUAGGAUACAUUUCGGCCUGGGUUCUUGCCCUUCCUUCCUUCAGAUAUGCUGUCCAGACUUGUGUUAGUUUCAGGUUCAGCCCUGAAAAACACUGGUUCCUUUGGACCCUGUGUGGUCCAGGCCUCUCGUUCCCUCCACUCGUCUCCUCAGAGCCUGGCACCUGUGCCCCCUCUGCCAGAGAAGGGAGGAAAAGUCCGCCAUGGAAUUUUCCCAGAAGAGCUCUUCACGCUGCUGUACCCAAAGACUGGUGUCACGGGACCUUACAUGCUCGGCACUGGUCUGCUCCUGUACUUGCUCUCUAAGGAGAUCUACGUCAUCAACCAUGAGACCAUCGCUGCUGCCUCCAUUGGUGCAGUGAUCAUUUAUGGUGUCAAGAAGUUUGGUCCCCAAGUGGCAGCUUUUGCAGACAAAUUGAACGAGGAGAAAGUGGCAAAGAUCCAGGAGGUGAAAGAUCAGGCCAUGAGCAGCCUGGCUGGAGCUGUCGAGCAAGAAAAGAAGGAGCAGUGGAGAGUGGAAGGAAGGCAAAUGCUUUUCGAUGCCAAGAGGAACAACGUGGCCAUGCUGCUGGAGACCAACUACAGGGAGCGGCUUCACAUGGUCACCAAUGAGGUGAAGAAGAGGCUCGAUUAUCAGGUGGCGCUUCAGAACCUGCAGCGCCGCAUGGAGCAGGAGCACAUGGUCAACUGGGUGGAGCAGAACGUCAUAAAGAGCAUCACACCACAACAGGAAAAGGAGAGUAUUGCUAAGUGCAUCUCAGAUCUGAAAGUACUGGCUAAGGCCACUCAGGCCAAAGCCACAGCAUAGUUUCUGUUGAUGAGCCUCUCCCAUCCAUAAUCAAGCCACCCGCUUUUCUUUAUAAGUAAACUAUGUCCUCGUAAAGAUGGUCUGAUUGUGUCCUUUAAGUGUACAUACACAUUGAAUAAAGUAUUUGAUUAUUCACUAA